AUGGAUAGGCUCUUGCGACUGGGUGGUGGGAUGCCCGGCCUAAACCAAGGGCCACCACCCUCUGAUGCACCUGUUGUGGACACAGCCGAACAGGUGUACAUAUCAUCUUUGGCUCUCUUGAAAAUGCUUAAACAUGGUCGUGCCGGAGUGCCAAUGGAAGUAAUGGGUUUAAUGCUGGGCGAGUUUGUUGAUGAUUACACUGUUCGCGUGAUCGAUGUCUUUGCUAUGCCACAAACUGGAACGGGUGUCAGUGUAGAAGCAGUAGAUCCCGUAUUCCAAGCAAAAAUGUUAGACAUGCUGAAGCAGACUGGUCGACCAGAAAUGGUGGUUGGCUGGUACCAUUCUCAUCCAGGAUUCGGUUGCUGGUUAUCCGGUGUGGAUAUUAAUACUCAACAGUCCUUCGAGGCUCUCAGCGAAAGAGCGGUAGCUGUUGUCAUCGAUCCAAUACAAUCGGUGAAAGGAAAAGUCGUUAUCGAUGCAUUUAGAUUGAUCAAUCCAAACAUGAUGGUUUUGGGGCAAGAACCGAGACAAACAACGUCGAAUUUAGGUCAUCUACAGAAGCCGUCCGUGCAAGCUUUGAUUCACGGAUUGAAUCGGCAUUAUUAUAGUAUUAGUAUUAAUUAUCGCAAGAACGAGUUGGAACAAAAGAUGUUGCUGAAUUUACAUAAAACAUGGAUGGAUGGCCUUACUCUUGCUGAAUAUUCGGAACAUAGUCGGCUCAAUGAAAAUAUCGUUUCUGAGAUGCUUGAGCUAGCGAAAAAUUAUAAUAAGGCUUUGGAAGAAGAGGAAAAGAUGACACCCGAACAGUUAGCGAUAAAGAAUGUAGGCAAACAGGACCCAAAACGGCAUUUAGAGGAGAAGGUCGACACGUUAAUGGCUACAAAUAUUGUUCAAUGCUUGGGAGCUAUGCUCGACACAGUUGUAUUCAAAUAAUUCUUUUUCCGAUACGUCACUUGCAAUAUAUUUAAAGGAAAUAUACAUCUUUUUAAAAUAAAAAUAUGUUUUCUAUUUUCGAUGUAUACAAUCAACGUGAAUGUGCGCGCGCCGCUCACCUCAAGUUUUUAUUGAAAAUAGUACAUUGUAUUUAUAAAUUUGAUAUCUAAUUCAUCAAAUGUAUAUUAAAAUUGUUAUAACACUGUGAAUAUUUAACGGAUGAAAGGAUACUACAAUAGUAUUGUAGUUUAAAAUAAUGUAAUAUACAGCGAUC